CAACCAGCAAAUCGUGUCACUUCGAUUUUCUUCCGCACGCACCCAAAUGCCCCUCCUCCGUCGCGUCGCAACGUCACUGAGGAAAUAUAAGCCUUGUUUAUCCUCCUCGGUUUCCACUAAAGAAUAUUGGACACCGUAUUUCCCAUCCCUAAGAACAAAUUACUUCACCUGUCGCCGCUCUUUUUACGGACAUAUCAGUGAUCGAAAAAUGGCACCACAGCUUGAUCCAUUCUUUAAACAGGUUGACGGCCUUGCCGAAUCUUUCAUCGAGCGUCUGCGAAAGGCUGUUGCGAUCCCUUCUGUUUCUGCACAAGAUGAGAACAGGCAAGACGUUUUCAGAAUGGCUCAGUUUCUUGCUUCGGAGUUAGAGGCUCUUGGAGCUGAGGUGUAUCAAAGGCCGCUGGGAAAACAGCCUGGGAAGGAACACCUUGACCUACCCCCGGUUGUCAUCGCUCGGUAUGGCAAUGAUAAAAACAAGCGAACCAUCCUGGUUUACGGUCAUUAUGAUGUCCAGCCAGCAUUGAAGGAAGACGGGUGGGCCACAGAGCCUUUCCAAUUGACGGUCGACAACCAAGGGAGGAUGUACGGCCGCGGAAGUACAGACGACAAAGGCCCCGUUUUGGGAUGGUUGAAUGUGAUCGAAGCUCACAAAAAAGCUGGCGUUGAGCUGCCAGUCAACCUUCUUUGCUGCUUUGAGGGAAUGGAGGAGUAUGGCUCAGAAGGAUUGGAGGAGUUUAUUCAAGCUGAGAGCAAAGGCUUUUUCAAGGAUGCGGAUGCCGUCUGCAUAUCGGAUAAUUAUUGGCUCGGAACAGAGAAGCCUUGUCUAACCUAUGGCCUGCGUGGCUGCAACUACUACUCUGUCAGUGUCGCAGGGCCCGCUCAGGAUCUUCAUAGCGGAGUUUUCGGUGGAUCUGCCCAUGAGCCUAUGACAGAUUUGGUCCAUGUGAUGUCUAAACUUGUUGAUACUCAUGGCAACAUCUUGAUACCUGGCAUCAUGGACCUUGUCGAGCCAUUGUCAGAGGAAGAAAAAGCCCUCUAUCCCAAUAUCAGCUACACGAUGGACGACCUCCAUCAAUCCCUGGGAAGCAAAACUAGCAUUCACCCAACGAAAGAAAGAACGCUCAUGGCUAGAUGGAGGUAUCCAUCUUUGUCCCUUCAUGGCAUCGAAGGCGCAUAUUCGGCUCCUGGCGCCAAAACAGUGAUACCAGCGAAGGUCAUUGGUAAAUUCUCGAUUCGGACUGUCCCCAAUAUGGAGAGCAAAGAUGUGAAUAAACUCGUCUUUGAUUACAUCAAGGCAGAAUUUGCAAAGCUGAACAGCAAGAAUACUUUGGAUGUGUGGUUGCAGCAUGAUGGAAAAUGGUGGGUUGCUAGUCCAAAACACUGGAACUUCACUGCUGCAAGCAAGGCAGUGAAUCAGGUAUUUGGUGUUGAGCCAGAUAUGACACGUGAAGGUGGCAGCAUUCCUGUCACCCUGAGCUUCGAGCAAGCGACAGGCAAGAAUGUUUUGCUUUUGCCGAUGGGCAGCUCAACUGAUGCUGCUCAUUCCAUCAACGAGAAGCUUGACAAGAGAAACUACAUUGAAGGGGUAAAAUUGCUUGGUGCCUACCUCCACUAUGUUGCAGAAGAGCCCAUGGUGGCGGCAUAGUUCUACAUCAGUAGCUCUUUCUUAUUAAAGACUCAGUUAACUAUUUUACUGAUCAACCCGUCUAUACAUCAGAAAGUGAUUUUUAUUUCACUGCUCAUUAUGUCAGUAGCCCAUGAAGUGAAAUGAAUAUUUCGAAGUACCAGCCAUCAUGAGCAGAUAUUCUGCCACUUUCUUCACCGCUCUCCGCCCCUGAUGAGCUACCGAGAGUGCACACCAUUCAAUAAGGUACAGUGAGAGAGGUAAUUCAAUGAAAUUGGAGUAUAGUUUGUAACCUUGGUGACCGCCUACUGUUAUAGGUGGUUUCUGUCUGUAUAAAGUCUUCACAUCGCUGGACUGUACGGAGUAACAGGUUCGUCAAGCAUCUUCCCUGAGACAUCCCCUAAACGACCCAAGAUGCUACCGAAGCAUCCUACUAGGUAUCUAGGUAGAAUAUAUAUGAAAGUUGAUCCUUCG